AUGGUGGAAAAUGGAAAAGUGACAAAGCAAGAGAGGACUAGAGAGAGAAUGAUAAAGGAUCCUGGAUUUUUGGUGGGGCAUUGGAGUAGAAGAAGAAAGAAAUGUUCAAAGGAUGAGAGGAAUUAGUAUAACAGUUGUGAGUUAUUUUUCGAGACAGGGCUUGGGAGAUUUGAGCUGCUGAAAGACUUUUUUUAUGCAAACCCAACUUGGGCUACCAGCCGUUUGGCUAAAUGCGGAAAAUACUGUGAUCUAGUUUCCUACUUACCUGGGUUUCCUCAUGGCCAGAGGUCAAAAGGUAGAGUUCGGAGGCAAAAGAUGUGGGGUUUAUUAGAUGGAACUCAAGUAGGAAGCCUAGUGAACGAGAGCCAAAUUCAAUGCCACAUUGACAAACAUUCGCCUCGGAAUAUGACAAGUAAACGAGAGGCAGAGCCUAGUAAUUAUGAUUCUUUUUCUGAAUGUAAGUCAAGCUAUCUUAGACGAUCAACUAGGCAACAACAUAUGGCCACAGGAACUCAGAAGAGGGGAAAGUUAGACUCAAGAAAGUUUGAAGUCUACUUGGAGAAUAUGUGGAGAUGUUAUACGGAAGAGAAGAAGAACUCGUUUACUUAUCUCGAUUCCUUGUGGUUUUCCUUGUACUCAAAAGGAGCUUGUAAAGAAAAGGUGUUGAGUUGGAUCAAGAAGAAAAAUAUAUUUUCAAAGAAAUAUGUUUUUGUUCCAAUCGUACAGUGGGGUCACUGGUUUCUUUUGAUCCUUUGUAAUUUUGGUGAAAAUCCAGAGGCAAAAACCAAAAGUCGUUGCAUGCUGUUGCUAGAUUCACUGAAAGAGGCCCAUGCUAAGAAGUUAGAACCUGGGAUAAGAAGGUUUGUCUUCGACAUAUUUAAUGCAGAAGAACGACCGGAGAAUAAAAACGCAGUCAAUAAAAUUCCUCUUAGAAUUCCUAAGGUGCCACAACAGAAAAGUGACACUGAAUGUGGAUUCUACGUUCUUUACUACAUAAACUUAUGUGUACAGAGUGCCCUUGAAAGUUGUAGCUUUUCCAUGGGAUGUCCUCGUGUUAUGAAAGAAGACUGGUUUGGCCCUGAAGAAGUUGAAUGCUUUGUUAGGAAACUGGAAUCAAUGUAACAGUUGUUUGGAUUAAUUUUUAAUAGUAUUGUGAUGUAUAGAAAUGAGGCAGUUUAUGUAAGUUAGAAGGUAUUCUUCUGCAACUGUUAGGUAGACCUAAUUACUAAUGGUUAGGCAGAAGGCCGUCAUACUUUUUCAACAGAUAUGCAUACUUUCAAGCUAAAAUGACAUAGUAUAAAAAACACCAUGAACAAAAGCAUGUCAUUUCAUAGUAUAAGUAUGCAUUUUUUGUUAAAAAUAGUAUGACGAGUCUUUCCGCCUAAUGGUUAGACCGUCUCAUACAUGAAUGUUGAUUCUUUGGUGAUUAGGAAGUGUAUCUAUUGGUCUAAAUUAUUAUCUUUGAGUUUAUCUUUUGUAUAGAUAUUCAGUAUUGUCCAUUGCAAAUGGAGC